CGCUGUGUUUUAUCGUUUUGUCGAUGGAAACGUGUGUAACUUGGAAUCUGUACGACCUAAAAGUUAGAAUAUUGUGGCGGAGAGUCAGACCUACAACUCUAUAUAAGUAAGCAGUUAUGUGUUUACUCUUUGUUAGUGUAUACGUGUAAAAUAAGUUAUUGGAACCAGCUUUUGUCAUCAUUCCCCUUCGCAUAGUUGAACAACAAUAGAGUCCAUCAUGUCGAAAAGGGCGAAGUGGAGCAAGGGAGAUUCAGACGAAUCAAAGAACCUGCCGAUAUAUCAACAUAAGGCCAAACUUCAACAGGCUGUCAAAGACAAUUCAUUUUUGGUUGUCACUGGCGAGACUGGCAGUGGGAAAACGACUCAACUUCCCCAAUACUUGCAUCAAGCAGGAUUUUGGAAUAAUGGUAAAAUUGGCAUCACCCAGCCUCGGAGAGUAGCAGCCAUCACUGUAGCCCAGAGGGUAUCACAGGAGAUGCACUGUAGUCUGGGUAGAGAGGUCGGAUACCAAGUGCGCUUCGAUGACUGCACGACACAGGACACGGUGGUGAAGUACAUGACAGACGGCUGUCUGCUGAGAGAGAUCCUGGCAGACCCUGUUCUGUCUCAGUACAGUGUGGUCAUUUUGGAUGAAGCCCAUGAGAGGAGCCUUAACACGGACAUUUUGCUGGGUCUGUUGAAGCAGACCCUCUCCAGUCCAGAUAAGGCCUCUAAGGGUCGCUCUGUCCCCCUGAAGGUGGUGGUAAUGUCAGCCACCCUGGAGACAGACAAGCUCUCUGUGUUCCUGGGAGGCUGUCCUGUCUUCACCAUCCCUGGAAGAACCUUCCCUGUCACCUCCAAGUUUGGCUGUGCUAUAGGACCAAAAGAUACAGAGAGCUCUGUUUACGUUAAAGAGGUUGUCAAGGUGACAUUGGAUAUACACACCAGUGAGAUGGCUGGGGAUAUCCUUGUGUUUCUAACAGGGCAGUCUGAAAUUGAGAAGGCCUGUGACAUGCUGUAUGAGAAGGCUGAAUCCAUAGACUAUCGUUACGAUGUGCAGGACCGUAAAGUGGAGGGGCUGCUGAUCCUGCCCCUGUACGGAUCUAUGCCCACUGAUCAGCAGAAGCAGAUCUUCCAGCCUCCCCCACCGGGUAUAAGGAAAUGUGUGGUGGCCACCAACAUUGCAGCAACGUCCCUCACCAUCAAUGGAAUAAAGUAUAUUGUUGACAGUGGGUUUGUGAAGCAACUCAACCACAACUCAAGGGUUGGCAUGGACAUCCUCGAAGUGGUUCCGAUUUCAAAGAGCGAGGCCCUGCAGAGAGCAGGCCGGGCAGGGAGAACCUCCGCCGGGAAGUGCUUCCGGAUCUACAGUCAGGCGUUCUGGGAGAAGUGCAUGCCGGAGUACACAGUACCAGAGAUCCAGCGGACCAGUCUCACCGCUGUUAUCCUCACACUCAAGUGCCUGGGAGUUCAUGAUGUCAUCAGGUUCCCUUACCUGGACCGUCCAGAGGAGAGGUUCAUCCUAGAAGCAUUGAAACGGCUUUACCAAUGUGACGCCAUCGACAGGAGAGGUAAAGUGACCCGGCUGGGUGAGCUGAUGGUAGAGUUCCCCUUGCCCCCAGGGCUGACCCGGGCCCUGCUCCAGGCUGCCUCCCUGGGCGUUGAGGACCUCCUGCUGCCUGUAGCUGCCAUGCUGUCUGUGGAGAACAUUUUCAUCAGACCAGGACAUCCAGAGAAGCAGAAGGAGGCAGAUCAGAAGCACAGGCAGUUGGGAGUGCAGGCGGGCAGCUGUAAUGACUUCACCAUGCUGCUCAGUGUGUUUGAGAAGUGCAAGGCCAGUGAUGCCCCAUCAGCGUGGUGUAAAGACAACUAUAUACACUGGAGAGCGCUAAAGUCAGCCUUCAGCGUGGAGACCCAGCUCAGAGAGAUCCUCCUACGACUACAACAGAAGAGAGAUUUCCCUAUGGAGAAGUUUGAUGGCAAUAAGAGUGAGCUGUUCAGGAGAUGUCUAUGCGCUGGUUACUUCACCAACGUGGCAAGAAGGUCAGUUGGGAAGGUGUUUUGCACGAUGGAUGGGCACGGAUCCAUGGUUCACAUUCAUCCAUCAUCAACGCUCUUUGACCAGGAGCCCCAGCUGGACUGGGUGAUCUUCCAUGAUUUGCUGGUCACCUCGCGGAUCUACAUCCGGACGGUGUGCCCCAUCCGCUAUGACUGGGUGAAGGACCUGCUUCCUAAGCUCCAUGAGGUGGAUGUGUACGAGCUGAGCAGCGUGGCCAGAGAGGAGGUGACAGACGAGGAGGUGGCCAAGUGGGAGACUAAGGAAGCAGCUAAAAGACAAACAGAGGGGUCUGCUGAAGACGCGUUCAAGAAACUGGAGAAACGGAACGAUGAAAGCUCUGUGAGCGAUGCCCGUGCUCGCUACCUACAGAGAAAACAGGAGCGGCAACAAGGCAAAGCACCGUGAGGGAGGAGGAGGACAUUGGACACUUAUCCUCAGGGGAAGAAGGACUCCGUUAUUGGACUGACCAGGACAGAAGAAUCUCCACUCAGGGAUUAAAAGCCUGUCUGUUAUAAUAAACUGCACAGGUGAUGUUCUAAACAAUGUUUUACAACACAGGAGUCUGAGAGUUCAGGGUCAAACAUGGUCCUUUGUAGCUCAGUUGGUAAAGCAUGCUGCUCGUAACGCCAGGGUAGUGGGUUUAAUUCCUGGGACCACC